CUGUAUAGUUAAACUUGGAAAUACCAGAAUUAUUCCAUAGAACAUGAUUUUCUGGAAAUUAAGGUGAGCUGAAACAUUCAGGCUUGGCUUCAAGCAACAAAACCAUCAAAUCCUUCCUUCUCUUGGGAAUCUAGGACCAUGAUUAAGUUAAGUCGAAGGUCUCGCUCAAUGCUGUCCUUGGGUCUUAAUUCUCUUGCCCUCUGCUUUUCUGUGUCGGCUUUCUGCACCAGUUAUUGGUGCGAAGGGACCCACAAGGUAGUAAAACCUCCCUGCCUCUCGGCUGUCAAGAAAGGGAACUGUGUGCCUGUCAACAGCAAUGAGACAAUGGAUGGGAAUGUCACUAUGGAUCCACAUGUGGUCCAGUACAUCUGGGAGACGGGCGAAGAUAAGUACGCUUUCCGCUAUUUCCACACAGGCUUCUGGCUUUCAUGUGAGGAACAUCAUGGAGAGGAGAAGUGUCGGAGUUUCAUCGAGCUGCCCCCAGAGUCAGAAAAAGGGGUAUUAUGGCUUUCUGUUGCCUCCGAAUUUCUUUAUAUCAUCUUGUUGAGUGUGGGGUUCUUGCUGAUGUGCUUGGAUGCUGUCUACUAUGCCAACUUCAUUGAUGGACUCAAGAUCAACGCUUUUGCUGCUGUGAUCACCGUUCUCUCAGGACUCCUGGGCAUGGUAGCCCACAUGAUGUACAUGACAGUCUUUCAAGUGGCAGUGAACCUGGGACCAAAAGACUGGAGACCUCAGACAUGGUAUUAUGGAUGGUCCUUUGGCAUGGCCUGGCUGUCUUUUACCCUCUGCAUGUCAGCCUCUGUGCUGACACUCAACACCUACACCAAGACCAUCCUGGAGUUCAAGUAUCGUAGGCGGAUUUUCGAGAAGCACACAGCAUCCAUGGGGAGCCUCCGAGGCUCUGACCCACCUGCUCUGGCCCCUGAUCUAGAGCGUUUCCUGUGGGAUAAAUACAUCUUCAGUGUUAGUGACUCUCUAGACUUCUCCCCCAGCCCCCCAGGCCCCAUGGCCCCCUGUGUGGGACGCAAGGCCUAUGCAGGGGGUUAUGCUGGGCUUGCUGGAGGUUAUAGUGGGGAUGCUGGUGAUGAGGAUGACGGGGAACCAUGCUGAAGGAAAGACCUUUGGGGUGAAAAGUUGCCCUCUUCCUUCAUGUCUCUGUUCUUCUGACUUUUCCAUUCACCUUUCCCACACCCAUCUGACCAUUACCCUCCCACUUUGACUCUGGUGUGACACUUGGUGGCUAUUUCACAAUGUACAGAAGCAUUGGAGCCUUGUUUGCAUUACAAACAAGCCGGGCAAGUAAACAGAGAGAAGUGUGAAGUCGAAGGCUUUCAU